AUCCUCCGCCGUUUGCUGCCCACCUACCUCGUCUUCGCGACGUGCAUUACACUCUUUUUCUGCGGCUGCGCUCCGUCUCUGUUCUCUAGUCACUCAUUUUUAUAGCCUCCUGUACGAGAGACCGCUCACAUAAAUAUACUUUCUCUUAUUCGAUAAUUUAAUCCCUGUCCUUCACCCGACCCCACACUAAGCAACGAACACGAAGGAUGCGUCAAUCAAUUGCUACACUCACUCUGCUACUAGCCACCACGGCUUGUGCUCAAGAUGAUGUCGUCAGCUUCUUCUUCCCGGGUGGCUACGAUGGCGUCGACCCCGUCGCAACAAUCAAUGUCGCAAACCCCAAGACAACCGAAUUCCACAUCGCCUGCCCCACCGGGCCCAAGACAAUGGAGUGUGGCUGGGGCCCCGGUCUCGACGUGACAAUCCUCAGCCAAACGCGCUUCCAGGCCGAAAUGUCCACCGAGGGCGUAAGCAUGAGCCUGGGCUGCGACUACAACACAAAGAAAAUCCAGAUGACGUGCACGGUGAACCAAAAGGGCGGAAACGAUGACACUGGCGGCAAGGCCGUUACCGCGACUCUGCAAAAGGAAGACGUCAAGUUUCUCACGGCCACCGUGGUUGAGGGCCAGAGUUUGCUGAGUGGCAGCGGGAGUGGCAGCGCAACGAGCACCAGAGCUAGUGCCGCGCCACAGAGUACCGCUUCGCCUGCUGUUGCGGCGGCUACGACUACUUCUGCUUCGGUGAAGAGCGCCAUGAGUACGGGUUCGAUGACGCCUAGUGCGUCCAUGUCGCCGACGGGUAUGGCUUCUGCUUCAAGCGCCUCUGCUACCCAGAGUAGCUCGUCGUCUACCCCGGAGAGCACUGGUGCCGCUACCAGGUACGGUAUCGAAGGCUCUGCGCUACUUGCGCUGGUAGGCGCCGCUGCUUUCCACUUGUGGUAAGCGGCGUCGUACUGGUGUGAAAAAUGAUUCUUGUGGACACGAGUAUUUGGUAAACGAGGCAUGCAUGUAGAGAGAGAGAGAGGCUGUGAUGCUGACUCGUCCGUCUGACCACUCUAUUAUGGAUAUACACAGUCACUGUUACUCAGGUCGCGCCUCCAAGCCAAUUACCAUAUUACGCAUGUCGCCAGCUUUCACACGCCAUCUCUCAAAUUUAAAUAUACCUCCAUAC